GGGAUGUGCUGGCGGCGGCUUGUCGUUCGAGAACUCGAAGCCCGCCUCGCCCGCGUGCAGACCGCCGGCGCGGGGCAGACACAGUCACCCUGGCCACACAAAUAUCGCGUUGGCUAAGACCACUCAACGCGUCCCAACCCCAGCCAAAUCUCGACGCCGACAACCCAAUCCACAACCGCUGGAGCCACCUACCCCAAAAGACAGCCCCUCUCGUCGCACGUAGCAACGACGGGCGCAAUCUCGAGCGAUUCAAAUAUCCAGACGGCGAACCAUCGCACGGGAUUCUCCCACACCGCAGCUGCAAACUGCAAACUACCGCGCCCUUGUGCCACUCCGACUUUUGAGAUUUUCCUCUUCUCCUCCACAACCUAGGCCCCCGCCACCGACCGCCCUCACCACAUUGUCAAGAUGUCUGUCGUUACCCUGCUCGGCGUCAAUGUCCUGAACAACCCCGCCAAGUUCACGGACCCGUACCAGUUCGAGAUUACCUUUGAGUGUCUGGAGCCUCUCGAGAAAGAUCUCGAAUGGAAGCUCACCUACGUCGGUUCUGCCACCUCUGACCAGUACGACCAGGAGCUCGACAGCCUCGAUGUGGGCCCGAUCCCUGUCGGUGUGAACAAGUUCGUCUUCGAGGCAAGCCCGCCCGACACCAAGAGGAUCCCGGAUGCGGAGGUCCUUGGCGUCACCGUGAUCCUUCUGACCUGCCGCUACGACGGCCGCGAGUUCGUCCGUGUGGGCUACUACGUCAACCAUGAGUACGAGACGGACGAGCUCAACGCGGACCCGCCAGCGAAGCCUAUCAUCGAGAAGGUCCGCCGCAACAUCCUCUCGGAGAAGCCCCGCGUGACUCGGUUCGCCAUCAAGUGGGACUCGGAGCUCACUGCCCCCGCCGAAUUCCCGCCUGAGCAGCCCGAGGCCGAUCUUGCUGCGGAUGAUGAGGAGUACGGCGCCGAGGAGCUGGCUGAGGAGGAGGAGGAGGCAGCCGCCGAGGCCAACGGCGAGGGUAGCGCCGCGGCCGCUGAGCCGGGCCAAGACGCCGAGAUGGCCGGUGCCGAAACGGAGAACGCCGAGAACGGAGCAGCCGAGGAGGAGCUCUCUGAUGAGGAGGGUAGCGUCGAUAUCGAGGGCGAGAGCGAGGACGAGAUCGAGGACGAGCUAGAGGGUGAGGUGGAAGGCGAGGUCGCUGCGGGCGACGCAGACGAUGCCAUGGAGGUUGACACCGACAGCAAGCCAGCGCAAGCCGCCGCGAAGCCGACGGUCAUGUCUCACUAAACCCCACAAUAAGCGACGCUAUCUCGAACGGAAUCCCGCAGCAUCAUCCGGGCGGCGGCUGUGGAGGGGCUCCCUCCCCUUCUUCGGCACGACAGCACCCCUAGUUUGCCUGCUCCAGCCUCGGUUAGCAAGGCAUGGAUUUGGUCAGAGUCAGCCGGCCAUCACUCACCAACGCGAUUUAGACGACGGAUGAAGCAGGAUUUAUGAAUUGUCGGACUCUCUUUUCUCUUGUUUGGUAUCUCAAAUGGGUUGCCGAUGGAUGGUGGCAACGGCCUUGGAAUGGAUAAAUGCUUGGGCGGAGAUGGAGUUCAUGGUAGGGCUGCUGUCAGUGAAGCAAGCGUAUCGGUCAGGGUAUUGCGGUCAGGAUGAGGGGGGUUAAUGUCAUGGAUACCAGAGCUAAGGGAAAUAGAUAUCAGACGUGUUUGCGUGCGUCAUGUUCCAGCUUCACUUUUCUGUCUAGUGCUGUCUAGUGCUGUCUAAUAGGUUGAUUCACUGCCUA